UUCCUCUCAAUCCAUCACACAUCAUUUCUCUUUGUUUUGAAGGCCAAAAGAGGAAGAAAAUCUGAUGUCACUUCCUUUCAUUUUCUCAGAGCAUGAAAACAUAACUAGGACAUCAAUAAAACCAACGUCAAUGUUUUCACACAUUCUCCUCUGACAUUGAUCACUAACAGGACACGAAAAGUUUGAAAGCUCCUGUCUGGAUCAACAGAGGCUGAACAGUGAGCAGACAUGGAAGCUGUAGUUGGACUGUUGAUGAUCUUGUUUGGAGUCUCUCUUGGUGUGGAAACUCACUGUGAUGGCAGACAGGAUGGAGCUCAGUGUUAUGGAGCUUUGGGAGGAACUGUGGACAUCCAGCUGAUGGACAGUAAUAACUGAUAUUACAAAAGGGCAAAACUCAAACGCAAAUGACCCUCAAAACAAAAGGAAUCAAACCAACAAUGAACUCAAAACCCUGGUGCAAGACCCAGGCACCAUGACCUGACCACUUUUUGUUAAUACUGGAAUAUAGGGGUGCUAGUUUAGGACAAAGGUGCAUGAAAGGACUUCAAUAAAACCUGACAUCAACGUUUUCACACAUUCUGCUCUGAAGCCGAUCACUAACAGGACACACUGCAGUCUGUUCAGAGCAGCAGCUUUUGAGGGAGAAAGUUUGAAAGUUGCUGACUGGAUCAACAGAGGCUGAACAGUGAGCAGACAUGGAAGCUGUAGUUGGACUGUUGAUGUUGAUUGGAGUCUCUCUUGUUGUGGAAACUCACUGUGAUGGCAGACAGAACAGAACUCAGUGUUAUGGAGCUUUGGGAGGAAGUGUGGACAUCCAGCUGAUGGACAGCAGCUCAGAAAUACCUAGAUACUGUCUGUUAAAGAAUUCAUUAAGAAUACUAGAUGUGAGAAAUAAUAAGGUUAUUCUUAAUACCAUAAAACAGAGCUCUGUUUUUCCCAGUAAUGGAACAUUUAGGAUCAAUAACCUGAGCUGGAAUGACAGUGGUGAAUAUACAGUUCAAACCAUUGAUUCAGAUGGAACAAGUACAGGCGAGCGGACUUUACAGUUGUUUAUUCAAGCUCCUGUGUCCUCUGUCCUGCUGGUCUCUGAGUGUCUGUCCCAGGGAGAGAUGAGGGUGUCCUGCUCCUCUGAGGGAGGGGACAGUCCUCAGUACAGCUGGACUCUGGAUGGACGCACACUGACAGAUGCUGAGCUCCUUUCUGGAAACAAUGAGGGUAACAUCAUCACUCUGAAACAGCACGUCUCAGGACAUCUGGUCUGCUCAGUCAGGAACAACGUCAGUGAUGUCUCCAGAAAACAGAGGAUAUCUACCUGUGGCUUCAUUUUCAUUAACUGCACUUCAAUCAAUGGGACACAGAUAUCAGGGUGGGUUUAUGAAGCCGAUAACACCCUGUGUAUUAAACCAACAACAAACCCUACCACAACCACACAAACUGCAGCGGGUCUGUCCUGGUUCAUACUUGGUUUGAAAGCAGUCGUGGUAAUUAUGUCAUUCAGUGGGAUUUUCAUCUACUUCACUUGGAAGAAGAAAAAAAUAUUGGAAGGCUCUGCUGAACCACAAAUGAUGGAGUCUCCACAGAACUCUGUUUUAAUGAUGGAAAUGAGUUCUUACUCCAACACUUAGUGUCACCUUUCACCUGCUAUCAGUUUGUUGUGUGUCCUUAUGUGUAAAUAAGCUUUAGGGUGAUUUUUAUAGCAGCAUUUUUUAUAUAUAGUUCAGUAAGAUUUCCCAUAAAUUUCAGUGCUUUCUGCAGUUUUAUUACUUGAAUACAGCAGUCCUGCUAAAAAAAAGAAGAAGAAAGAAGACAAUCAUGUUUCCUGUUAAUAUGUGAAAUGGUAAAUGGACUAGCUCUUAUAUAGCGCUUUUCUACUCAGUAU